CUGUUGCGAAGGAGAGACGAGGAACCGGGCAGGCGUACACAGCUCAGCCAAAUAAGCCUGUGCCAAACUGUUGUAGUUGUGCUUCAGGUGCUGUUUGGAGCUAACACAAGAAGUUGUGUAGUUAUUCAUCGUUUUCGCUAUAGCCUAAUUAUUGGUCAAAUUCACGUAAAUCAACGUGUCUCAGUGUCUGGGAUAGUCACUACCACCACACGGUCACAGCGGAGCACCAUUACCUUGUCACUGUAUGCCGCCCUGCCCCAGAUGUUGCUUUACCAUUCCUGCGCACGCCCCUGAUAGACUUAAAGAUUUGGAGCAAUGACAUCUUACUGAAACGCAAGCUGACUACCACUUCCACGAAGAACAUAAACAAGAACAAGAUGGCUUCAAUGUCAAUGGCAGAGGACGUGUUAAUGAAUGAAGUGCUGAUCAGGGAUUUAGAAGCUGUGGCCAAAGACACUGCUGUUCUGCAUGGCGUUUUAAUGAGGACAAAGGAGACGCCGAAUUCGUCGGAGGUGGUGUGCUUCGCCCCAUUCUCGCUCUUUCCCUCCCCUUUGCCAAAAGUGCUCUUCGACCAGGCGCUCGCAGUGCAGACAAAUUUUAACCGACUGGUGGACAUGAUCAGCCAGGAUUCCACAUUCCUCCAAGAAGCCCUGGCCAGCACUAUCAAAGUGGAUGAUUUCACUGCAAGAUUGUUCAAUAUAUACAUGCUCAUUCUUCAAGAGGGCUGUUCCCAGCCAAUAGUUGUGGGCCUGAAUCGCUCUGACUACAUGCUCAACCAAGAGGCAGAUGGAAACGCAACCUUGAAGCAGAUCGAGAUCAACACCAUUGCAGCCGGUUGUGGUGGGCUUUCUUCACGGACUCCAGCUGUUCACAGGCACAUUCUGAAGGUUGCUGGCCGGUUAGAAGAGCAGAAAAUGAUCCUGGACAAUAACCCAGCGGCAGGACUUGCCAAGGCCCUGGCUCUGGCCUGGAAGUUGUAUGGCUCUGAGAGGGCUGUGGUCAUGUUUCUGGUGGAGGAUUUUCAGAUUAAUAUCUAUGACCAACGAUAUGUUGAGAAUGAACUGUGGAACAGAAAUAUUCUGGUUGUACGAAAGCGGUUUGAGGAUGUAUGCAAGACUGGAUUGCUGGACCAGGACAAGAGGCUGUUUGUAGGUGGUCAAGAAGUUGCAAUAGUGUACUUUCGCAAUGGGUACAUGCCUCAGAACUACAGGGAACAGAGUUGGGAGGCGAGGCUUAUGAUGGAGCGGUCCCUGGCAGUCAAGUGUCCUGACAUCGCCACCCAUUUGGCCGGAACCAAGAAAGUGCAGCAGGAGCUAGCCCGACCUGGUGUCCUUGAGAAGUUCUUUCCAGAUGACCCUGAGGCUGUAGCUCAGAUGCGAGCAACCUUUGCUGGGCUUUAUACCCUGGAUGAGGGAGAGGAGGGAGACAAGACUGUGGCGAUGGCCUUGGCAAACCCAGACCAGUAUGUCCUGAAACCCCAGAGGGAGGGAGGGGGUAACAAUAUCUAUGGUGCAGAUAUCUGCCAGGUGCUGUUGGGAGAGAAGGGCAGCUCAGACAGGGCAGCCUACAUUCUGAUGGAAAAGGUCCAUCCCCAGCCUGUCUACAACUACCUGCUGAGGAGUGGCUAUCCCCUCAAACUCAGCACGUGUCUGAGUGAGCUGGGCAUCUUUGGAGCCUAUGUGAGACAGGGGACAAAUAUGCUGCUCAAUGAGUGUGUGGGACAUCUUCUUAGAACCAAGAGUUCCGAAUAUUCUGAUGGAGGUGUGACUGCAGGAGUGGCGGUCCUAGAUAACCCAAUUCUAAUUUGACCUACUUCCUGGAAAAUAAAUCACCAACUGGAACAGUGAUGGACCAGAAAUACUUCAAUGGCCUUCCUUCUCCCUCAAGGGUGCUGC